UAAUUUUUCCUGAAUCAAUUAUUUGUUUUCUUAUCAGGUCCUCUUAAGUUAAAAAAAUUAUUGAAAAAAAGUAUUUAAAUGAAAUAAUUAAGUUUAGUUUUAUUGAUUUAGUUUUGAUUGCAACUAUAAAUUUAAUCUAAAAUACGUUUGAAAUCAACGAUACGCUUCUUUUAAAGUCUUACUAAUAUCAGCCUCAUAAAAAGACAAGUAUAUGUCAGUUCAAAUGAUGUCCACACUUAAUGCAGGGUCAACCAUACCAAAAUGGCAAAUGGCAUUACUUUUAGGCACACCAGUAGCUAUCGGUCUUGGAUAUUACAUGUAUAAAAAAAAAUCAAAUAAAAUUGAUGGAUCUGUUGAUUCUAAGAAGAAAUAUUUUGAUUUAAAAUCUGCAUCAUUAUCGUCUAUUGAUGGAUCAGAAAACGAAAAAGACAUCGAUCGGAAGAAAAAGCUUGCAGAAUUGGAAGGUGAAAAAUUAACACCAUUAAAGGAAGCACAGAUUCAUAAGAACGACGGAAAUGUUUGUUAUAGACAAGGGAAAUUCGAUGAAGCAAUAAAAUUUUAUGAUAAAGCAAUAGAAAAGUGUCCGAAGGAAAAUAAAACAGAUUUGGCAAUAUUUUAUCAAAAUCGUGCAGCAGCUUAUGAAAUGUUAAAAAAGUGGAAUCAAGUUAAAGCUGAUUGUACAAAGUCAUUAGAAUACAAUCCACGUUAUACAAAAGCGUAUUUUCGUAGAGCGAAAGCAUAUGAAGCAACAAAUGAUUUAUUAGACUGUCUAGAUGACGUUACAGCAACAUGUAUUUUAGAAAUUUUCCAAAAUAAUACCACAAUAAUGUUUGCUGAUCGCAUUUUGAAACAAACUGGUAGUGAUGACGCAAUAUCUGGAAUGAAAAAUCGGGUUCCCGUUUUUCCAUCAAAGCAUUUUACAAAAACUUACUUUCGUUCUUUUGUUUCCGAUACGCUUAGAAAUAUGAAACUUGAAAACAUCGAAGACUCCAAAGGAUUUAUUAAAGCUAGACUUGCUUGGGAUGAUGACAGGUUUGACGAUGUUAUAUCAGCAUGUACUGAAGAAAUCGAACUAAGUGAAGGUGAAUCACAAUAUAAAGUUGAAGCAACUCUUCUAAGGGGAACAUUUAAUCUUUUAAGAGGAUGUUUUGAAGAGGCAAAGCAAGACCUCGAUUUAGUUAUAAACAAUGCGGACGCCGACGUAAAACUAAGAGUUAACGCAUAUUUAAAACGAGCUUCAUUAUAUGUUCAAACAGAAAAACGAGAUUUAGUAUUUAAAGAUUUUGAUGAAGCUGAAAAGCUUGACCCAAAUAAUGCCGAUGUAUAUUAUCAAAGGGCCCAAAUAUAUCUCCUAUUAGAUCAAGUAGAUAAAGCACUUGUCGAGUUCGAUAAAGUUUGUAAAUUGGCACCAGAACAUGGUAUGGCAUUUGUUCAAAAAGUUUAUGCUGAAUACCGAUUAGCAUUUAUGUCUCAAGAUCAAAUGCGUUUGUUAUCUGUUAUGAAUGAAUUUAAAAAUGCUAUAGACAAAUUUCCAAAUUGUGUCGAAUGUUACAGUUUGAUGGCUCAAGUACUUACAGAUCAAGGACAAUAUGAUUCAGCAGAUUCAUUCUUUGAGAAAGCAAUAAAAAUGGCUCCUGAGAAUGCUGCUCUUUAUGUUCAUCGUGGUAUAAUGCAUUUACAAUGGAAUGGAGAUAUUGAAAAAGCAUUAAGUUUAAUUAAAAAAAGUAUUGAAAUUGAUGAAAAAUGCGAAUUAGCAUAUGAAACAUUAGGUACGAUAGAAGUGCAACGUGGAAAUUUAGAACGUGCGAUAGAAUUAUUUGAAGAAGCGAUUAAAUUAGCAAAAGGACAAACUGAAAUGGCACAUUUAUAUGCUUUAAGAAAUGCGGCGAGAGCCCAAAUUAAUGUUACUAGAAAAUUAGGGAUUGAUAUGUCAGCAAUAACAUCACUGGUACAAGCUGGAAUCACGCCACCUCAAUAGUUAUUUAAAAAAAAAUACAAUAUAUAUAUAUACACAUAUAUACAUAAUUUAACUAUAUGAAUACUAUUAAUAUAUAUAUUAUGUAAGAUUUUAUUUUGUGAAAAAAAAUAAUUUAACAAUAAUUGUCAAUCAUUUUUAUAUAUUAUUGCUGUAUUUCAUUUAGAUUUCAGAAUAUUCCUAUAAUAGACUUUCAAAUAAUUUUAGGCUUAUUCAUUCAAUCUGAUCUUUACCAUCAUUUUUUUUCUUCAUUUUAGAGUGUUAAAAAUGUUGUUAAAUAAUGUAUUUAUAUUUAUAACAUAUUGGUUUUAAAACUACGUCAUAUAAGAUAUUAUAUAAACAUAAUUAAUUCAAAUAAUUAUGGGAAAAUGAAAAUAUGUAUAAGAUUAAAGAAACCAAUAUGUUAUUAUAAUUCUAAGUCAAAAAUUUUAAGAAUGCAAUGCAAAAUUGAAAAGUAGAAUGUUAAAAUAUCACAAUUCUGAAAACACUAUUUAAAAAUUUUCAUUAAAAUCACU